UUUAGUUUUGUUAUUCAUUCAUCUCUUCUGGCUGGGUUAUCAGCUUUCCCCGUUUCCUCAUCUUCAGUUGUAUUGCUGUUUCUCAGAUGUCUCGCUUAAUUGAUCAAGAUUAUAUGAUGGGAUGCUACACUAUAAAGUCACAUGGAGGGAGGGUGGCAAGGACACAUAAACUUGACUGGCUAGUACUUCUGCUUCUAGUGGUUAUUGACCUAUUCUUGGAUUCAUUAGAACCUUUCCACCGCUUUGUGGGAGAGGGCAUGAUGACGGAUUUGAAAUACCCAUACAAAGAUGAAACUAUACCCUUUAGGGUUGUUCAAAUUGUUACCAUAUUAUUUCCUAUUGCUGUCUUUUUUAUGUUCUACAUUUGUAAAAGGAAUGUUUAUGACUUGCACCAUUCAAUAUUAGGUAUUCUUUUCUCUGCACUUAUAACUGGGGUCAUCACAGAUUUAGUUAAAGUUGCAGUUGGUCGACCAAGACCGAGCUUCUUUUGGCGAUGUUUCCCUGAUGGUAAAGCGGUAUUUGAUGCCAUCACAAAUGAUGUUGUUUGUCAUGGGGAUGAGAAGAUUAUAAAGGAAGGAUACAAAAGUUUUCCAAGUGGGCAUACUUCAUGGGCCUUUGCAGGUUUAGGAUUUUUUGCAUGGUAUUUAUCAGGAAAAGUUCGAGUGCUUGAUCGCAGGGGUCACAUAGGCAAAUUAUGUCUUUUAUUGCUUCCUUUACUUCUUGCUGCUUUUGUGGGAGUUUCCCGGGUUGAUGACUACAGGCAUCAUUGGCAGGACGUGUUCGCUGGAGGCCUACUAGGGAUUAUUGUCUCUUCAACCUGCUACUUACUACUCUUUCCUUUUCCUCAUCAAUCAGGUUGGGCCCCUCAUGCCUAUUUUGAAAUGUUGGGUAGAACAGAAGGUAAUUCGACGGAGGAUUGUCUUCCCAUUCUGCAACCACAAUUUAAAUCUGCAAAUGCAAGUGGCUCACAAGAUUUGAGUGUGCACAUUGAGUUACUGGAACCCGGAAGAAGAUUUGACAAAGGGAAAAUGGGUUGACUUUCAAGCCCACUCCCUACUUCUACUACAGAUCAGCCUCCCCUACCACAUGCUUGUGUUUGUAAGUGUCCUAUCCUGGCACCCUAGACGUAAUCAUGAAAUCCAUAUGCUCAUUUUGCUGGUUCUUUUACCCUGAAGCUAUCCAUUGGAUUAUUUGAAUGAAGCUCACAUUGGUACGGAGGCCUCUCUUGACCUUUAAUGGCUAUAAGCAAUU